GUUUUCAGUUGUGGAUUUUGUGUUGAUUGUUGUUUUCUUUUUUUCAUCUCAUCCAGACCCAGACUGAUUAGUUGGUCAUUUUUAAUUUUAUGCUUGUUAAGCACCGGCAGCGUACAAUAAUAAAAUUGCAUAAUGUCAGGCAGUACAGAUAUGGAAGUUCAAUGUAAUGCAGAUUCGCCGCAACCGGCAGCUCCUAAAGCCUGGAUGAGGAACAUCCUUGAGAGAAGCGGCCCCUUUUGCCUUCCAGAUUUUGACCACACACCUGGCCUCUUGCACGGUCUCCUGGGUCAAUGUCGCGUCCUUGUCGUGGGCGCCGGAGGUCUUGGAUGCGAGCUGCUCAAAGAUUUGGCACUAAUGGGUUUCACUCAGCUGGACGUCAUCGACAUGGACACAAUUGAACUGUCCAAUCUCAACAGGCAGUUUCUCUUCAGAAGAAAGGACAUUGGCAGUCCUAAGGCAGAAGUGGCUGCAAAUUACAUUAACAGUCGCAUCCCUGGUGUCUCCGUUACACCGCAUUUUUGCAAAAUUCAAGACAAAGACGAGGACUUCUACAGGCAAUUUCACGUUGUUGUGUGUGGUCUUGAUUCUGUGCCAGCUAGAAGAUGGAUUAAUGGAAUGCUCUUUUCCUUGCUGGAGUAUGACGAUGAUGACAACACAAAUUUGAACACAAUGAUUCCAUUAGUUGAUGGUGGUACUGAAGGUCUUAAAGGGAACGCUCGUGUGAUAAUGCCCGGAAUGACUGCCUGCAUUGAGUGCACUUUGGGGCUUUACCCUCCUCAGGUCACGUACCCACUGUGUACCAUUGCCAACACUCCCCGCCUUCCAGAGCACUGCAUUGAGUAUGUCAAGAUUAUUCAAUGGCCCAAGGAAAAUCCAUUUCAAGGUGAAAUCGAUGGAGAUGACCCAGCGCAUCUCUGCUGGAUUCACGAAAAAUCUGUUGAAAGAGCAUCUCAUUUUGGUAUCAGUGGGGUUGAUUACAAGUUGGUCCAAGGCGUGGUGAAGAAUAUUAUUCCGGCCGUUGCCUCCACCAACGCAUCGAUUGCUGCAGUGUGUGCCAGCGAGGUUUUCAAACUGGCCACAAGUGUGUGCAAACCUCUGAACGACUACGUUGGUCUCAACCAGUCUGACGGUGUUUACACAUUUGCUUACUCAAACAUGAAAAAUGAGGACUGUUUGGUUUGCGCCAGAAAAGUCAACGUCUUGAAAAUCAAAGGUGAAGCUAAACUGGAGGAGCUUUUGAGCACCCUAUGCCAAGACAAUGGCGCUAGAAUGAAAAACCCUGCCCUUACUGCAAACAUCAACGGUAAACAAACUACGCUCUAUUUGUCUACUGUUCCAAGCAUUGAGAAGAGUACCAGACCUAAUCUGAAAAAGUCACUCAUUGAAUUGGGUUUAAUCAAUGGAAAUGAAAUAAUUGUAGCAGACGAAACCACUCCAUUGCCUGUGACCUUUAAGCUACAAUUAAAUUAAUUUGAAUUUUCAGGCUGUCAGAAAUUGAAAUAAAAUAUGGUUUAAAAAAAAUCUGUAGUUGUAAGAAUCUCAACAAUAAUUUAGU